UGCUGAAUGUUGAGCGAGAAGGAACAGUUGUAGUUCCGGUUGAACUGCAAUGAGUUUCCGCGCCUUUUUUGUUUUCAGUCAUUUUUUUUCUUCACGACAACAUACAGUACGUGGAAAGUACUGUAAGGCGUACAAAAGAAGUAACGUAGCUGUGUAUUCAGAUACGUUUCGAAACUGCACGAUUUAUUGUAGACCCUACGAAUAACUACAACGAGGAAGAUGUUGCUGCCGUCUGAUAUUGCGCGGCUUGUUUUGGGUUAUUUACAGCAAGAAAAACUUAUGAACACUUGUCGAGCUUUCAUUUUGGAAAGCCCAAAUCUGAAGGAGUAUGCUGAACAUAGCACUGAGGAUGGGAGCAUUCCUGCUUGUGUUUUUUCACUGUUUGGCAAAACUUUGACAGCAAUAUUAAAUGAAUACAUCAUCAUAAAAGCAAAAGAUUCAAGUCAGGAAAUACAAGUUCCAGUCAUCAUGGCAUCUUUAUGGAAAAAGCUGGAGUUUACUCUUAAUCAAAUUAAGAGUAUGCAGAACUCGCAAAGUUUCGUGGCUAAUCAGAAAAUUCGAACAAGGAAUGCUAUAGCUGAAAUGAGGAGACAGCAGGUGCGAUCUUCCUCUCAGCCUACACAGUGUCCUUUGGUAAUUUUGGGGUCUUCAGAUCUUGGGCAGAAUGCAACUACAUCACUGUCAUCUUCAUCAAGAAUACUUGGAAAUUCAUCUCUGGUGACGUAUGGCACUCCUGUGUCCCAAACAGUCAACUACGAUAGAAAUCAGGCUAUUAAUCAGGACCAUGGCAGACCUGUGACAAAUAUUAAUAGAGAAUCUCCCUUACAAGUUGUUGUAGCUGAUAGAAGGUUUUCUUCUGGAUUAUUAUCCCCAGGAAGGAGAAAAUGUGAAUCUCCAAGGAGAAGAAACACAGUUUUGGCUGGACCAAACGUACCUCCUAAGAUUACACAGAGCAGUGUUGUUCAGUUAACAGAGCAAGAAGUUGAUACAGUCCAGGAGAUUAUUGGUGAAAACUUUCCACAAAUGGUUAUUGAAAAUGCAAGAGAGAAGAUACUAAGUGACAAAUCAUUGCAGGAAAAACUUGCAGAAAAUAUAAAUAUGAUUUUGGGAAGUGAAACAAAUAUUCAGCAGAUUUCAAAGCAGUCUACAAGCAGUGCUUUAGUUCCUGAUCAGUCUAUUGAUGAAAUCCUAGGACUUCAGGGAGAGAUCCACAUGACUGAUGAGGCAAUACAUGAUAUUCUGGAAAGGACAGAAUCUGAUCCUGCUUUUCAGGCAUUGUUUGACUUGUUUGAUAAUGGAAAGAGUAAAAACAGUGAUGAUGAUUCUCAAGAGCAGUCUAAUGUGACCUGCCAGGAUAACUUUGAACAUUUGGACAGCACUGAAAGAAGUAAAGAGCCCUUGGAAAAUACUUCUGAAGGUAGAGGUCAAGGAACAAGUAUUGAAAAUAAAAGAGUUGAAAUGGACAAUACAUUAUCCAAAACAAAAGCUACUCAAGAAAAUAAAAGCAGGAAAUCAGGCAGAAAAUCUUCAAUUUUGCUUCCUGUUGUCUCCAAGGAGCUAAAACGCCCUGAUGAAUCAAACGAAUCUUUGCCUUCUGAUAAAUUCACAUCCUCAUAUAAUGAUGGCACUUUUGGUAGCUUAUGUACUACCAGCAGUGAGAAAGAGACUUUGCUGUCCACAAUUCCUGUACAAAUAAAUGAAAGUCUCAACACAAGUCUUUCCACAGUCGAUAAAGAAGUAUCAAGUACAUUGAAUGUACAAAAUGAAUGUGAUAUGGAGACUGAUCAGCCAGCUCUGGAUCAGUGCCAAUUGGAGGAAUUGCCACCUGAUACAGUACAAGAUUCAGGUACUCCGACUGUCAAUAUAAAGUCACCAAAUAAAAAAUUAGAAACUGCUGUUGCUACAGAAACAAGUAUUCAGCUGUCCCAGUGUGAUACUACACAGGGUUCUGUUUAUGUAGACCCUAAAGAGUCUAAUGAACAGAGAACAGAAACUGCUGACAGCACACAAAAAGCUAUAGAAAAUUGCCAGCAUCCAGAAAUAAUAAUACAGCAGUUUCAAGGAUUUCAGAUAAAUAACUGCUUAUUGACAACUCUACAGCCCAGUUCAACCAUAGAAACUCAUAAAACUCCAAGUGAUGUAGUAGCUAAAAAUAUCAUGUCUCCUCCAGCUGUUAAGCAGAAAAGAAAACCUGCAAUCUUACGUCGAGGAGGAAGCAGCCCAUCUUGUCUUAAAGGAACUCCCAACAAAAAAACAUCUGCAGAUUCAAGUUCAGAUGCAGAAGGUAGCAAAACGGAAUGUAUGCCAAACCCUGUUGAAACAGUAUGCCCUCCAUCUUUUGAAAGUUCUACAACAUUGAAUACUGCUCUCCAACUUCCUGCUGGGCUCACUUGGUUGCACAAAGAUGGUACCAGUAGUACAACUGAACCAGGGUUUGACAGCAAUAUUGUUUCACUAAAAAUUAUAAUUAGCGAUGAACAGAAGGAUUCUUCAAGUGAUUCUGAAUUGAGCCAUGCAGUUUCUAGCAUUACAGAGGAUCGUAUACCCACUAUUAUUUUAUCAUCACCAGCUAAAUCACCUGAAAAGGCUAGUUUUGUUGCCAGUUCAGACAUGAACUCAGAUGAAACUGUUCUGGCUGUCACCUGCCUGCAAAAUGAAGAGAAUGUAUCUACCUUGGAGAGCAAUUCACAAAUGGCAAAGUCAGAUGAUCAUAUUUUAGGCAUUCAAACUCUAAAUGUUGAUAACAGUGUUCAGUUGUCUUUGCCUAGUUCUGCAGAUGUUGUUCAAGAAGGAGGAUUUAUACAGUUAUUGCCUACCUCUACCACAUAUGGAGGUUCAAGUAACUACAUAAUUGUAGCUAAUCAAGCUACUAUAGGCAAUAGCGUAAAGCAAACCCAUCCGAUUGGGCAAGCAACCAGCCCUGCUUUAGGGCAAGUUACUCCUGCACCUCACAACCUGAACAGUCCCUCAGGAUCCAGGUCAAUAGUUUCUGUUGGCCAGACAGUACCACACAGCUAUGGCCCAGGUUCUAGAAUUAUCCUUUCUUCUCCAGUGCAACCAGUACUCCAAAGUGUGAUGUUCCCUGUUUCUGUUGUUGGACAAAACAGCACUACCACUUUUCCUGUUUCAACUAAUCAGGUAUUUCAUGUCCCAGUUGGUUCCACUUUACCAAUUACAGCAAAGUUGCCUAUACCAGCUAAACCGAGACAAAUAGCACUCAAAAGCUCUUCAGACCCAAGAAAGUCCUCAAAUGUUGGAUCAGGAUCUGAGAAAUCUGCAAAUGUCAGUAGUAUACCAAAGCAAAGACCUACUGUAAUGCAAACAUCAGGAACCGAGGAACAGCAGAAGCCCUCUGUAGUGCCAUCUGUUACGGUUUCAUCAGCAUCCAGCUCUAGUCUGAAAACAAGUCUAAGUCACAAAAGAGUUCUGUGUUUUGAUAACAUUUCAACAUCCAAAACCUUAAACACUUCUGUAAGCAGCAGCCAAACAAGUGAAUCUAAAGCUUUAAUGGUGGAAGCCCCUUCAUUAACUGUGUCAUCAACAACUAUGGAGUCUGAAAAAACAUGUCAAAACAGUCAUAGCAUCCCUAAUAUUUCCAUGAAGAAAGAUCAGACCCAAAACACAGGAACUGAAGGAGACUCACGCACUACUGAACAGACCAUAAUAUCAGGAGGACAUCUAGGUAAAGCAAAGUUAUCAGAUGGGAAGGACCAAGUGGAUCAAAGAGAGAAAUUCUCUGAAAGUGAAAGUGUACACAAAAUAACAACAGUUCUUGAAUCCAAGAAUGACUCAGAUGUCAGAAAAUCAUGUGAUUCUGUUAGCAGUAAAGAUAGAUCUAAAGAUACUGAAUCACGAAGAGACCAGGAAAAAAGACGGAAAUCUAGUUCUUCUGUAAAUAAGAAGAAUGAAACACCUGUACACACAGCAAAAACUGAUGUACAUCAGAAAGAUAAGUUUGCCCUGUCUGAUCAUAAAGAGAAACACUCUGGAUCUGGAAAAGAUUUAGAUGAGAGGAGGAGGUCAGAAAUGGCAGAAAGUCGUGCAUCAAAAAGCAAAGAGGUGUGGACUGAUAAAAAGUCGUCCUUGGAAGAUGCUGCUAAUGUCACAGCGAAUAAAGAAAAUGAACUAGAGCCAGAGCAAAGCAAGCAGCGAGCCCAGGAAAAUGCUCCUGCCAACUCACAAAAUGACAAACCUUCAGUUUCAUCCAAUAUUUCUUUGCAAGUUCCAGAGGAACAGAGGCUUAAAAUUCGUAGAGGCAAGGGUGUCAGCCCAUUAACCAAGCAGGCAGCUGAAAUUCUACAGGAUAUUCAGGGACAAGUGCCAGGUUCUCCUCCCUCAAAUAAGUUGAUAUUGAGUGGCUCAGAACUACCAAUACCACAGACUCCUGGCUCAGGUAAACAUAUAGAAGAUCCUUUAGACUGCCCAAAGACUCCUGUGCGACGGCGAAUAAACAAAGAAGGAGAACUUACACCCAGGCAUCUUCCACCACCUGCCACACCAGACUUGCCUACUUGUAGCCCAGCGAGUGAAACUGGAAGUGAGAACAGCAUCAACAUGGCUGCUCACACACUUAUGAUUCUAUCUCGGGCAGCUAUUGCUAGAACGGGCACUCCUUUGAAAGACAGUGCUCAGCAGACAGGAAAAAUAUCUCAAAACAACAAAAAUUUAGGCAAAAAGCGGAAGCUUAGUGAGGAACAGAAGAGUCCGCCAUCAAAAAAGGAUCAACAGAGAUCUGUUUCACCGGCAAGGAAGAAGAAAACAAAAAAACAGAAGAAGCUAUUGGACUCUUUCCCAGAUGGGAUGGAUGUAGACAAAUUCUUGUCUUCACUGCACUACGAUGAGUGAGAAAAUGCCUUGAGCAGUACAUGGAACAUGCAAGACUGAAAAAACCUGCUGCAUAUAGGAUCAGCGAAUCAGCACGGAAGAUGGU